AUGGCACACGGCUCGAAGACUCCAGCCUCUUCUACGCAGGCGCCCCCAAUCACCGCUGGAACAGCUUACAAUAUUGACGAAAAUACACCUGCGCUAUUCCGACCGUUGCGCAUUCGCGCAGUUUCGCUUCGGAAUCGCAUAUGCGUUUCUCCCAUGUGCCUUUAUUCGACUGCCUCCUUCGGACCUCUGACCGGGGUGAUGACGCCCCUGUAUAUCACCACGAUAGGCCACAACGUUUUCAAGGGCGCCGCGCUUGCAAUGAUCGAGGCUACAGGCGUGCAGGCAAACGGCCGGAUCACCCCCCACUGCCCGGGUCUCUGGAAUGAUGCUCAGCAGCAGGGCCUGAAACCAAUUGUGGACUUCAUUCACUCCCAAGGUGGUCUCUGUGGCGUCCAAUUGUCCCAUGCUGGAAGAAAGGCAAGUACCCAGCCUCCGCUGGUCGCCCAGCAGCUGGGCAAAUCCAGCGCGAGGGCCUCGAAGGAUGAUGGCGGCUGGCCGGAUGAUGUGCGAGGUCCCUCGGGGGGCGUGGAACAGUCAUGGGACGGCAGAGGGCUUGACCCUUCCGGGGGCUACCAUGUUCCCAAGGGGCUGACAGAGUUGGAGAUUCGAGAGCUGGUGGUGAGUUUUGCGGAGGCCGCCAAAAGGGCUGUGAAGGCAGGCAUCGAUGUCGUGGAGAUUCACGCUGCCCACGGCUAUCUCAUCAACCAGUUUCUAAGCCCUGUUACCAACCGCCGAACGGAUAGGUACGGUGGGAGCUUUGAGAACAGGAUCCGUCUGCUGCUUGAGGUAAUCGGUGCUGUCAGAGCGGUGGUUCCAGCGAGUAUGCCUGUAUUUGUCAGAGUCAGCGCAACGGACUGGCUGGAGCAUACAGAGGUUGGAAGAAGCCUUGGAACCUGGACGGAAGAGUCAACAAUCCAGCUGGCCAGGCUGUUGCCGGAUCUAGGCGUCGAUCUCAUAGAUAUCAGCUCAGGAGGCAACCAUCAUCAGGCCCAGUACGACGUCUUCAAUGGAGGCGAGAAGCAUACCGCAAUUGCCUUGAAAGUUAAGCAGGUACUCAAAGCAGAGGGCAGCGAGUUACAGGUUGGAACAGUCGGUUUGAUCACCGAAGCCAAGCAGGCCCGGGAUCUGGUGCAGGGUGGUCUCACCGGCGGCCCCGGGGUUGAUAUCAUUUCUGUUGGUCGGCAAUUUCUGAGAGAACCAGACUGGGUUUUGAAGGUUGCUUCAGAGCUUGGAGUGGAUGUCGCUUGGCCAGUCCAGCUGCAACGUCUUCGCCCUGGGCCGCCAUCUCGAAUUUAA